AUGUUGCGCUGGUACCAAGUCAAACUCGCCUCCUCCCCUCUCCUCACACAAUCCAUCACCACCGCCGUCUUGUUCGCGACCGGCGACACCAUGGCCCAGCAACUGGUCGAAAAGAAAGGCAUCGCUAACAACGAAUGGGCCCGCGCCGGCCGCAUGGCCCUCUACGGCGGCUGCGUCUUCGGUCCUGCCGCAACAAAGUGGUUCGGAUUCCUUCAGCGCCGCAUCAACAUCCCCAACCGACCCAACGCGACGAUCGUAGCAAGAGUCUUGACAGAUCAGACCGUAUUCGCUAGUACGAAUCUGUUCUGCUUCUUGUCGAGUAUGGCGUUGAUGGAGGGAACGGAUCCGAAAGAGAAGCUGAAGCAGAGUUAUGGAACAGCGUUGCAAAAGAAUUGGAUGGUGUGGCCGAUUGUCCAGGCAACAAACUUCAAGUUUGUGCCGUUGGAACAUCGCGUUCUGGUUGUGAACGUGGUGUCUCUGGGCUGGAACUGCUACCUCAGCUACCUCAACAGUGCGCCUAGUGGUACGCAUGACAAGGACGGCGGCGAGCUUCCCCCAUCAUAA